CUUUUCUGCUGCUGCUGCGCUUCAUUCCUUCUCUCCCUCUUCCUCACGCCUCACUUACCAUCACCAUCAUUUUUUUUUGGUUGAUGCUGCACGCACGCACCUCUCCUGCGCCUCAUUCCUUCUCUCCCUCUCUCCUCACGACUCACUCACCCAUUCUUCAUUAUCACCAUCCUUUUUUUUUUUUUUGGCUGCUGCUGCGUAGAAAGAGUGAGGCGGCCGCCCCUUUUCCUUCCAACUCCAACCUUCACAAUCCGGUGAAUCUUUCCCUCCAAUCCGGCCACCCCCCUAACUAGAUCUCCCCCAUUAACAACCAACCACCCAAUCUGACCAUCUCCCAAAAAAAAUGGUGCUUUCCUCUUUCAGUUCCAGAUCUGGUGGUUGACCGACGUUUUUAGUUCCAGAUCCGUGACAGAAACACUGAAAACAUCGAAGCCUAAAUCCUUAUUCUUCUGAAAGAAGAAGAAAUUGAUGAUAUCGAUGCUCGAUUGAAUGUUUUUGCAAAGUUUGUUUUCGUGUAUAAUUUUUCUCCUUUUUGGUUUCUGGAGUUUUUGCUGCAACUUUAUUUUGUUGUUUUCGGUUUAAUUGGUUGGCUUUGUGCUGAUAAAACAUGUUUUUAGUGGAGGAUGAUUGUUUGAAAAAACUGAACGCUACUGGAAACUUAUGAAAUCUGAAACCCGAAGUUCUGCGUUUCUGUGAUUCUUGAUUCGGUUGAAACGGGCACCGAAUCGAAAAACUGAUUGCUUAUUCGACUAGGCUCGGCUCAGUGAAAAUUAUUGUGCGAUUCGGUUUCGGGCGAUUCUUCUGAGAAGAAAAAUCCGAUUAACCCAAAUCGAUUAUCACCCGAACCGUUCAAAUCGCCCGAUCUGACAUCCCCUAGAACAGUACAUUCAUAUGCUUAAAAUUUCAAAGGAAAGUAGUAAUAGGGUUAGUCAUCCCCAUCACCGGGCUCGGGCUUAUGAUGUAUCACAUCGAUGUUGAUUUAAUGCGACAAUUGAGUUGCUUCUUGCCAAAAAAAAAGCUAUGUACACUGGUUUAACGACUUAAUAGGGGAAAAAAUGUUUAAAAGAAAAAGAGAGGAGGGAAGGAGAGUAGCGAAAUUAACAACCUGAGGAAGGAAUUGGGAGUUGGGACCCAAUAAAUAAAUUGUGAUGAUGGCGCGAUGAGUCGUGAAUUCCACUAUUCCAGAUGUCGCCCAGACGGAUUCCCGCCAAAUUGGCAUGCGUCUUUGUAGCCCAAACAGUGCCUUGAAUUUGUCGCAAUCCCUUUACGUUAUUGUUUUUCUCCAAAAUUAAAUUUUUUUAAAAAAUCUUGUAUUAUCUACUGACUUUGAUAGUCGUGAGAGCAGAGAGGGAAAGUUAAGAACAAACUUACUAAAAAAUAAUACUAGUACUAAGAAAAAGGCAAAAAAAGAAAGAAAAAAAAACACAACAAGAAAGGACCCACCGCCACGGCCCCCUGCACUCUCACCAGAAUCACUCAUCAUCGCCCAGACAGCGAUUCCUCCGAACCCUAAGAAUACAACUUUUCUGUUUUUUUCUUCCCAUUUCCCCCAACCCACAAGUUUGGAAUCCUUCCUCCAUUUUGAUUUAUCUCCUUUUAUAUCAACUCCACCUGUUUUGCUUUCCUUUUUUAUUCCAUAAAUUUAAUCAAUUAAUUAUUUCCCGAUGAAAUGGGCGAUGGAGGUGGAGGAGAUCGAAGCUGUGCUGGAGAAAAUUUGGGACUUACACGACAAGCUCAGCGAUGCCAUUCACUCCAUUUCCCGUGCCCAUUUCUUGAGUUCUGUUAAAUCCCACAAUCUCAAAUCCAACAACGCCGACGCCUUCCGACAUCCAAUGAAGAAAUCUCCGGAUGCUAACGGGUUUGUCUACUUCAAGGAUUUUACUGCUGGCUCCGACGCCGAUGACUCCGCCGCGAUUCAGGAAGCCAAGAGCCUCAACUCCAUCCGUACGGCCCUUGAAAAUCUCGAGGACCAACUUGAAUUCUUCCAUACCAUACAAACGCACCAGCGGGCUGAGAGGGAUGCUGCCAUUGCGCGCCUGGAACAAAGUCGUAUUGUACUUGCAAUGAGAUUGGCUGAACAUCAGGGCAAGAAAUGUAAAGUAAUUGAGGAGGCUCGAGCUCUUGUAGGAGAAGUACGCAAUGCCAGUUGCUUUCUUUCUCCUGAGAACACAUCAGAUGUGUCCCCAAGUGGUAAGAAAGUCUCAGAACAGGAAGGAAAAGGAUCAAAUGUGUUUGUUAAAGCACUCGUAUCUAGUGUUACCUUUGUUGGAAGGUUCCUUAAGUUGGAUCAUGUAGGUGGGGUUAUAGGGAAUUCAGCUCUGGUGGCUAUUAGUAUGCUUGCCUUGCUACAUCUGAAUCAAGUUGGUAUGAAAGAGAAAUACAUUCUGGAGCUGCCACCGAGUGCAGAAGUUGUGUACAACAGAGAUGUGACCAAAAUUUCUCAACACCAGGGUUCAUCCAGAAGCCGGCCUUCCCAGUUGGAUGUGUUACUUGCUAGAGGUUAAGUUUAUAAUCAGUGAGUUAAUAGGUAGUUAUGAAAAGAUUGUAGGGUUGCAUGCAUGUGCGUAACACGAAAAUUCAGGCAAAUGUUAUGCAGAGUUAACAGGAUAUAUUGCAUUGCUUAAGUAGGGAAACACAGAGGUUUUGGCAUGGCUUUGGUUUUGAUAUUGAUUUUCCAGCUUGCUGAGUAGUUGAUCACCCCAUUACAUUUCAUAUUAAUGAUGAUUGGAAUGUGUAAAUAGAUCAGAUUUCGUUUCAAAAGCUGUCUGAGGACUGAUUUCUUCCAUUUUAUUGGAGUGACCGUAAAUGGCUGUCGCCUUAUUGUUUUUGCUGUUGGAAAUCUUUUGGAGGGAGCUUAAGGGAAAGCUAUAAUCUUGGAUUGUGAUAUGAGUGACUGAACAUAUUAAAAAGGCCUAAUGUGGAGGCCCGAAUCAAAGUUUCUGUUGAAAAUAUCUGCCCUAAUUUGGUACUGGUUUUGCUUAAGGCGCAAAUGCUAUGCCGAAAAGUCCAAGACUUGGGCCUGUUCGUAUUCUUAAGUAGUUUGUCCAAUACUCAACAUUUCAACAGAUGACCAGUACGACUGCAACAAGUUCUGGUCCUUAGAUGACUAGUGCAAGAUUUGGGCCUUACAACAUAAGUAGAGAUCCGGUAGCUGGACAUAUGAAAAGAAAUCGAUUUCCUAGCUAACUAUAUCUAUACAAGAAUGAAAGAAUACACAACAUUCUAUCAAGUGCCACUGAUGCUG